AAUGGACAAGAAAGAGUUUUCCAUUGCAAUGUACUUGAUAAAAAAGAAAUUGAAUGGCACCGAACUGCCUCCUAAACUACCUGUUUCGCUGACUUUUGAUCCCUCACCCUCAUUCCAAAAGGAUACAACCGGACACUUCUCACCACAAGCUGGAAGGUUCACUCCUAUGGGUUUCCAAACUUUGGGAAGGUCAAGUCCCAAUUUACAUAACGUAUUUGCUCCUUCGAUACAACCUGCAAUACCUAGCCCAUUCAUAGUUCAAGGUGGAAUACUAACAAGUAGCCCAACGAUUACACCUCCUUCUGGACCCCCUUCUGGACCCCCUCCAGCUACUCUGAUAUCUCCAUCGGAAUGGCCAAUUAGUCAAAAACUAAAAUUUAAGCAGCAGUUCAAUGGUCAUGAUAGACAAAAAAGAGGUUACUUGAAUGGGCAGGAAGCGAGAAUGAUACUUAGUCAAACUGGAUUAGCUCCAAGUAUUUUAGCAAACAUUUGGAACUUGGCAGACGUUGAUAAAGACGGAAAAUUAACGUCAGAGGAAUUUUGUGUUGCUAUGCAUUUGGUGGAUAUAUCAAAGAGCGGUGGAGCUUUACCUUCCCUAUUACCCCCGGAAUUAAUUCCUCCAUCCUAUAGGCAAAAGAUGCAGCAACUUAGCGGCAGCGACCAAUCUGCUCCAGCAGGCUCACCCGGUAAAGGAGAUAAUUCUCUCUUUGCUCGAUCUUUUGAAGAUAAACGACGACAAAACUUUGAACGCGGAGCUGAAGAAUUAGAGAAAAGGCGAGCAGCUCUUCGUGAACAAAUGCAAAUGGAGAAUGAAAAGCGUGAAGCUGCAGAAAGGGCAGAGCGUGAAAGAAUCGAACGUGCAAGAUUGGAAGCGGAGAGGAAGAAAAUGGAAGAGAUUGAAAGGCAUCAACAAAUGCAGCGACAACUAGAGCUUGAAAGAGAAGAGGCUAGGCGGAAGGCUAUCGAACAACGUGAAGCGGCUAGAAAGGAGUUGGAAAGACAAAGACAAAUGGAAUGGCAAAGACAGAGAACGGAGCAACUUCUUACAGAGAAAUUACAACAAAAAGCCGCACUAGAACAACUCCAGGCUCAUAUUGCUAAUGUCAAUCUGGAAUUAGAGAGUAUUGAAGCUAGGAAGAUGGAAACUAGAGUAAAGACAGAGGCAGCCAACAAUUCUAUUCAAAUUGUUACGAGCAAUAUUGACGAGAUGAGGCAAUAUAGGGAUAAUACGGUCAGAGAAAUUGACACCCUGCAGAAUGAAACUUUUGUGCUUAAGGAGCGGCUACAAAACUUACAAGCGCAGCGAUAUUCCUUACAAAGUCAUGUGACCGUACAAAAAGGUUCCUUGCAAGAAGGCAUAAUUAACCUUCAAAAGAGCAUAGAUGAUAAAUCAAGGAUCGUAGAUUCACUUCGACAGCAAUACCAGUCAGUCCAGAAGGAGACCCUUGAACAGAAACAAGAAGUAGAAGGGAAAGAAAAUGAUCUGAGAGCUAAGCAAGCGGAGUGUGAUGGCUAUAGGAAAACUGUUAAUCAAAUGAAAGAUGAAGUUGAAAUUAAAGAGUUAGAAUGGAAAAACCAACUUGACAAAAAUAAGUUAAAAAAUAAUUGGUCAAAUGGAGAUUCUUCUUGGUCUAAAGCAUCUGGCAAGAAGUCUAAUGAUUUCAACGCCUUUGGUUAUUUUGCCCCAAAUGAAGUAAAAGUCGAAAAGAAACCAAGUGGCUUUGAAGCUCUAAAUAAUCUACAUACAAAAGAAGACGUAUUUUCAAAACCUUCGGAUGCUUUUGGAGAUUUUGGUGCUUUUGAUUCAAGUGAAGCUACAUUUGAUAAGACUAACAAUACCUUUGAGCCUUUUGCUGAUUUUGAUUCAAAAAAAGAAACUUCCAAUAAAAUUGCAGAUGCUUUUGUACCAUUUCCAGAUUAUGAUUCUAAAGAAGCUACUACUGAUCAAAAGAUUAAUGUUUUUGAGGCUUUUGGUACUCGUGAUUCAAAUGAAGCUCCAAGAAACUCAUCCACUCCUCGAUCGUAUAGAGUUAUCCAUACAUUUGAAGCUAGAGAGUCCGACGAAUUGACUCUUCAAGCCGAUGAAAUUGUAACGGCCGAUGACAAUAUGCAGCAAGGAGUCGAACCUGCAUGGAUCAAAGGAACAAAUUCUCGAGGACAAAUCGGAAUCUUUCCAAAAGAUUUUGUUGAAUUGAUAGAAGAACCACGAGAAUCUUUCUCUGAGUUUGGAUCAGCUUUUUCUGAUAAUUUUACGAGAAAACUAAGCUUUGAUAACAAUGUGAAAAGUAUUUCUAUUGAUAAGUCAGCGACAACCAUAACUGAACAAGAGACAAAAUCGCGAUGCCAAGCUACGUACAGUUAUUCUAGUGAGGUUGAUGGUGAUUUAGCAUUUUCGGAGGGAGAGAUUAUUAUUGUAACCAAAGAAAAUGGAGAAUGGUGGAGCGGCUAUAAAGAAUCCGAUCCAAGCAAGUCAGGCGUCUUUCCGUACAACUAUGUACAGCCUAUUGAAGAAGAGCCGACAUUGUAUGAAAAUGCCGAAAAUCAUUUAACUCAGGAUCCAGAAGUUAGCAAAUUGUCAGCCGAUGGACUAAAUAAUAAAAAGCAAAUAGUCUGUGCUAUUGCACCUUUUAAAGCCCAAGGAGUUGAGCAGUUAUCCUUCGAAAUUGGACAAUUAAUUCAAGUUCGAAAGCAAUCCCCUUCUGGUUGGUGGGAAGGUGAAAUAUUGGGAACUGAUUCCAAAAAUCGAAAAAUCGGAUGGUUUCCGGCAACGUAUGUCAACAUACAGUCUAACAACGUUGCGGGCGUGAGAUCACCUUCCUCAUUGAGUUCGCGAGAACCUACCCCCGCACCGCAUCCAAUUCCGGUUGAAAAUCCCCCAUUAGCACCAACCACCGCCGUAGUACUAUACGAUUACGUACCUCGGCAAGGAGAUGAGUUAGAGUUAUCUGAGAAUUCCGUCAUUCGAAUAAUUGAAAAGUUAGACUCUGAUUGGUGGAAAGGCGAAUCAAAUGGGAAAAUUGGUUUAUUCCCGUCUAAUUAUGUUAAAGAACAAAACUCUUCAGAAGCUUAUGGUCAACAGGACGAAAUAUCUCGACAAAAGAUUAUUAAGGAAAUGCUAUCUAGUGAAGAGACUCAUUUACAAGAUCUAAACGGUGUUGUUGAAACAUUUAUUGAACCCCUAAGAGCAGUAAUGACGGAGGAAGACGAAAAACUUCUGUUUGUUAAUUGGCCACAGUUGAUUGUUUGUAGUACAAAGCUUGUACAAGCUUUCAGAGUAAGGGAGACAAUGAGCAAGGAUAGAAAUUCUGUCUUAUUUAUAGCUGAUGUAUUAUGCGAAAAAUUCCAGCACAUGCAACCUUACGUUCGUUACUGUUCCUGUCAAUUGCGGUCAAGGGCACAUCUGCAAAAGUUAACAAAUUCGAACUCAAAAUUUGCUCAACUGCUUCACGAAUUGGAGAUGAAACAACAGAACAUGAGCAUUGAAAGUUUCCUACUUAAACCGAUGCAGAGAGUAACUAGAUAUCCAUUACUUAUUAAACGUUUAAUUAGCGCGACAGAACCAAAACAUGGCGAAUAUAAUCAAUUAACUGAAGCUUUGAUAGCAGCCAACGAAUUAUGUACAAGUGUUAAUCAAGCUGUUAAGGAGCAAGACAAUUCCGAUAAACUAGAAUGGAUUGAGGAAAAAGUAGAUCUAUUAAAUGUUAAGUUUUCAUUUAAUUCGGCCACAAAUUGCCUUGGACCAAGAAAAUUUUGCUAUUCUGGUUCAUUAUUUAAGACUAAAAGCGGCAAGGAAUUAGUUGGAUUUUUAUUUAAUGACUUUUUCCUAUUAACAACGCCACAUAAAAGUCUGGGAACUGGCGUUACAUCAAUUUUCUCAUUCGAUACUAAAGAUUUAACAGAGAACAACUCAUUUAAAAUGUAUAAAAAUCCUUUAAUGCUAAACGAAGUUCACGUUAGUGCUGGAGAAGAACUUAACACAUUUAGCGUCAGUAAUUCAGAUUAUGCCUUUUCCUUGAAAGCUAUAUCCAACGUUGAAAGAGAUAAAUGGGUUUCAAAUAUCAAAGAAGCAUCAGAUCAUUAUAAAUAUACUGAAAAAAGGAAAAAAGAAAGAACUCAUUCAAUACGAAGAGCCCCAGCACUCGGAAGAGUACUGAUAAGAAUUAUUGAAGCAAUUGAUUUAUGUCCAGGACCAAAUGGCCGCUGCGACCCUUACUGCGAAAUGUCCAUGGGAUCUCACGAACAACGAACCAAAGUUGUACAUAACAGCACUAAUCCUAAAUGGAAUAAAAGCAUGCAGGUCGAAGUUCGAGAUUUAAAAAAUGAUAAACUGUGCUUUUCUCUAUACGAUUGCGAUCCUUUUGCCCCAAAUGCUCUAUUAGGGAGAACAGAAGUGAGAGCUAGUGACCUGCUUCCUGACGACCAUUUCGCCUCAACCAGAACACCAGGUGCUGUACAACAAAAACUAAAACUCCUCGAGGCAGUUUCAGGAGAAUUAGUAGUCAAAUUAGACCUGCAGCUCUAUUCACAAAGUUAG